AUGUUACAAAAGGAUCAACGAAUUGAUGAUUCAUCAAGCAAAUUCCCUACUAAACUAACGGAAAGUAAUUCUUUUCAUUCAUCCAGUCUACAAACAACAACCGUAAAUCGACGAAUACCCACAAUGUUAACUAAACAUGAAAAUCAACAUGUAGAAUAUGAUCGUUACGAAACAACAAUCAAAUCAACACGAGCGACUAAACGAUAUAUUGAAUUAGUUUAUCAUCUUCAAUCAUUUUAUGAACGUUUAACUGAUCAAUUAUCUAAUGGAAAUUGUUUUUUCAAAACAAAUCAAUCACUAUUUGCCAAUCAUUGUCGAAAAAUAACCGAACAAAUAGAAAAGUGUAAACCAAUCUGGGAAGCAAAGUUAGCAGAGCUGCAGAAACAAUUGAUUCAACUGUCAACUGAAUCCAAUCAGAUAACAUUUCUCAAACGACGUUUAACUUUAAUUAAUUUAUUACAAAUAUUGAACAAAGGAACAGAACUCGAUGCAACUGAUCAAUCAAUUCGCACUGACAUUGAUCGAGUGUUGUAUGAAGAUAAAUUAGCUGUUCAAUUACAAGAUGAAUUGUCAACUUUACUACAGCAUCAGUCUUUAUUGCACGAGUUUACAUCAUUGCUGCAAUGGAAUUGUCUUAUUUAUUCGCUAAAUGAGCAGAAUCGGGUUGAAAGUAUCUUGCCAGUAUUACGAGAACAGACGACGACAACGGAUAAUUACAUAACACUUGUUAGUAAGCAAUUAACGGAGUUAGUAGCAAAUAUACGUUCAUCGGAAAAAUACAUUUUAUCUUAUACGAAUAUAAUUCCAUCAAUUGAUGAUGGAAUGUUAUCACGUCAACUUUCGUCGUCGAAAGAUGAAUCAUGGCGUUUAAACAAUAAAAAUGAUGUUCCUCCGACGAAAACUAGAGAAUAUCGAUUGCAACAAGCUCGUCAAAACGAAAACACAAAUGAUCAUUCGCCGAGAAUCCGAUCUACGUCUGUACCUCGUUAUAAGACGGCCGGAGAUUCGAUUCAUAAAUUAGAUCGUGAUGACUUACGAAUAUCGAUAAAUACAAAUAAUAGUAAUAAUAAUGUUAUACCUACACGUUAUGCAGCGGUAAAAUCAGCAAAACGUGAAGUAAAUACUCAAUCCAAUGUCAAGGGCAUUCUAAAAUCAUAUUCUCAACCGCAUUCAUCCAAUUCAAAGCGAGCAGAGCAUGACGUUAAUAGAGAAAAGACUGAAAGAGAUGACGAACGGAAGUUCUUUUCAAAACCACUGAAUCCACUUGAUGAUGAUUUAAGAUCCUCGUAUGAUCUCAAGGGAUACAGCAGAAGUCGACAAAAAGCAUAUAAUCUGCAAUCAAUGCUUGCUGAUGAUAAACAACCGACAAAUCGUUAUUUUUCUGAUCUGUAA